UGUGUGCAGUACACGUAGCAAGCUAGCUUUCAAGACGUUUUGUUGGAGAACGUGCCGCGAGUCGUUACUCAUUGUAACUAGUUGUUCAACUUACUUCUACCAGUGGAGGAGAACUCAGUGCGGCGCUUGACGAGUGGCUUGAGGCAGCUGAGUACUGAGACUUCUACUGCUGCUGCUGGAUAGGAUUCAUCUCUUGGCUUCAGGCUGCUGCUCAUGGUUGAUGUGGUUUGCUGUGCUAGAGGCAGCCACUAGCCAUACUGGUAUGUGAGAGGCAACCAUGUAAUGGCUGACGCUUUGGUCUUCUACAAUCCGCCCAUGGCGGUGCGGAAGCGCGACCCUUCCGAAUCGCCGUCGAAGCAUGUGCAACUGUGCGUGUGGAAGUCGAAUGGCUCAAGUAGCUCAGGCCACUCGCGUCGCUCGCUGUCACCCUGCUCUCUGAGUGAUACGCAUCGCUCCAAGUCCUUGGACACGCUUGAGGAUGAAGCUGGCGUGGCACCGGAGAAGUCCAGCAAUCGGCGCAAGUCUCUCACACCAUCGCCUUCCCUGGCCAGGAAGCGGCGGAAACUGUCGUUUGAUUCCAACUUGUUCAACCUGGUGCAAACGAGUCCAGAGCUGCUCGCUGCGGAGAUCACCCUGAUCGACUUGCCACUCUUCCAAGAUAUUCCCAGAGCUGAGUUACUAGAAGGCCGGUGGACGUCGAAGCAGAAAACCCAUGUUUCCCCAAACAUUGUUGCCUUCACACAGCAGUUCAACCAGAUAUCCUUUUGGGUGAUGAAGGAGAUCCUCGAUCACCCCAUGCUCAAGCGGAGAGUAGAAGCCUUAGGCUAUUUCAUUCGCCUGGCAAAAAAACUCCUGGAUCUCAAUAACAUCAACAGCCUGGUUGCCAUCGUUUCAGCGUUACAAAGUGCACCGAUCUUCCGACUGAAGCGUACUUGGGCGGAUCUCGCGAGAAAGGAAAAGACAACGUACCAGCGUCUUCAAACGUUACUAAGUGAAGAAGACAACAGGAAAGCCUUGCGUCACCACAUGGAGCAUAUGAAGCUACCGUGUAUACCGUAUCUUGGCGUGUUCUUGACGGAUCUCACUUACCUGACGUCGGCUAAGGCAAAGGUAUCGAAGGAUUCCUGUGACGGAGACUUCACCGCCAAGAUGCUGGCUAUCACCGAUCAGAUUGCAAAGUGGCAGAUGUCCGUUUACCCUGGCCUUGAAUCAAUGAAGCCGGUACUGGAUUACCUUGUGUCUGUGCAGUACCUUCACGAGUUCACCAAGUUCAUGGAGGACAAUCUGUUUCGGACAUCAGUGAACAUCGAACCCGACGUGGCACCGCAGUCCACAUGCAGUUUACCACCAUCUCCCACGGCCAGUCGUCGCCUAACUCUGCCAUCAUCAAUGUCCGUGCAAAUGGCAUCGCCCAACGUACGGCAGGAGCGCAAGAGCAUUGGCACGAUGCAGCCGUCCUUGCUCGUCGGACGGGGCCAAUCAGUUCCCACGGCACUUGGUGGAGACUCGGCUGGUUCUCGGUCCAUGACAGGGACCCCUACGGCACCCUAUCCGUCAUCACACGUAUCUAUGAAACUGCUUGGUCAUCGACGAGCUCACAGCUUUGAUCACAAGCUGGUGCGUGAUGGCAUGAAGGGAUUGAGUGUAAUGGACACCGAGGCGAAGCCGGGCCCGCGGCACCUGAUCGACGACAGUCUGAUCCCCGGCACUGGUUCCACGUCGUCGUCCACCGGUGACUCUGGCAUCUGCAAGCUGUCGCCCAUACGCCCAUCAGUGUGCGUGGAGCCAGUGGUCGGUAUUGAUGUUCAUGUGCAUGGUGCUGACUCGGACUCCGGAGCUGAGUCGGAAAAUCUCCUCGAGGACUCGAAUUCGUCAGAUUGUGAAGGCGACUCACCGCCAGUCGAACUCAGCGUUGACUUGUUAGAUGCAACAAUGACAGGCAUGCUGAAGCGGAAGUCGUACAGGCGCAAGCAUUCUCUCCCGCGGGUUCAGCGUUGGAAGCAGAGCUACAUGGCCAUCUGCGGCCUCAUGCUGGCUUUCUACGCCAAGGGCCCGAAGAGGCAGAAAGGACGGGCUGUGCCAUUUCAAGUAUUUGAUCUGGCUGACUGCUUGGUAGCUGACAAUGUACUGCUUGAUCGACCCUGCAAGUUCCAGUUGCUGCACAAGAAGAGCUCCAAGGUCUACUUGUUCAAAGCGCCAACACCAGAGGAGGCUGAAGAAUGGCUCAAACAACUACACUCGGCUAUGAAGCCGCUUAUGCCAGAGAAGGCACCUGAGCUGCUGAUGACGUUUGAGGAGGAAGGAGGAGGGACGAUGUCCGGCAGCCUCUCAUCGGCGGAAUGCUGACCAUCUGCGGGGAGAUGUGGUCCUGAGGUGUGCAUUUUGGAAGAGCUGUGUGCCUUAACCUGUAACCCACCCGUUGUCGUAGCUGAGUGCAGUAGUCAUGGCGCUAGUUCUAGGUGUUGCUCUAGUCGUGCUGUUGGUAUGGCUCCACUGUGUUUAGGAUAAGUGUCAUAGUGUCCUCGUUUAGUGUGUGCGUGUGUCUGUGUGGGUGUGUGUCGCCUGCCCUCGUUUCUCUGGUGCCGUAACGUGCUGUCGUGUCCCGUAUCUAGCCCGUCGUUCUCUUUUGUUGAGUUCACACUUCCAGGGACCCUCUGUCUCUCUCUGUCUCUCCCUUUCUACUCUUGCGCGCAAGGCGCAUUGUCUUGUAGUGCACGCACCUAGUGUAUAGUGUUUGUUCCGCUAGGAGCGUAGUCGUAAUAAUACUGCACCGUUCCAGUGCUGCUGUGCUGGCGGUGCUGUGGUGCACCCGUGUGCAGUGGUACGAGUCAAGGGCGCUGUUGACUCGGCCAGUGCGGUGUAACAGCGGCCCUUCCGAGUCCUACCUUGUGUAACCAGAUAGGCACUGUCUGUGUGAUGUACCAACGGUACUCUCUCUCUCUCUCUCUCUCUCUCUCUCUCUCUCUCUCUUUGUUUCCGUCAACUUCUGUCCGUCGUAGCUAAGAGUCUCUCCUGGAACUUGCCACUGUAGCUCUCAACUCUCUGUUUCUCCCAAGCACAUUGAACUUUACUUUUAUCUUAGACGAAGUCUUUAUCUUUAUGGCCAUGUUCUGUCCUCAUGAAACCGGCCCGCUUUAUAUCCUUAGCUCUCAUGGCAGGCUCAUUGACACACUUCUUGAAUUUACUUCACACGACUGUCCAUGAGCCUACUCGAGAUUAUUCUUGGCUUUUCGGACCUUUCACAGCUUGUCCACCAUGUUGUGAGAUCCAGCUUUUCUUUCUGCAUACAAUGGGCGGGUACCUUGACAAUUUGCAUUUGUUUUUAUUCUUUUCACAACGCUUCCGCUGAUCCGUUUCUGCAGUCCGUGCUUGACCAUCUCUUUGGGAUAGUCUCUAAAAUCUUCUGUUUUGAGCAAAUCCACAUUCUAAAUUAUUUUCAACCAGAAAACGAUGAAACCUGUGUGCCGAUACCAGAGCUCUUUCUCUUCAUCGCGGUACUCGUACUUGAGUUUUUCUUUCCCCAUAACGAAAUGUAUGUCUUCCUCUG